CACAUGGCACAUGAUCAUUGAUAAGGAUAAGGAUGAUAUCAUGAUAUGAUUAUAUCUUUUCGUUUCAUGCUUAGUUCCGUAAAAUUUUUUCGUAUAUUCAACUCAAAUUUGAUAUUAAUUACUCAAAUCACGUGAACAAUCCGGAGUAAGUUGUUGUUGAUUCUUCAAGCAGUGUUUAACAUUCAACAGGUGGUUUUUCUAGUUCAUUCUGAAUGCUGAAAGAAGUUCACUGUAUCACUUUCAUUAAAUCGACUCAUCAUUCUGAUGAAAGAUUUUCGUUCGAAUCGAAUCUUUGUUCAAGACAUCGAGCUGACCUGAGCUGAUAAAAUGACUAAUUCUUCAUCCGCAGUAUACGAUCUGAGCUAUCCGAGCCCCAUCACACUGAAAGAAAUCUCAUCCAUCGUAGUAGCGGUGGAAUUAUGGCGUACGGAAAUCAACGCAUACCUCGAAAGUAACGAUUCGGACAAAUAUUAUUUAACCGGACACAUUCAGCUGAAAAAUCUAAUCCCUGAUAUUCCAUCGACGAUUUACAAUCGACUGCCUCACUAUAUCGUCACGUUUAGAAAAUCGAUUAAGAAAUGGCUACGGUAUCAUUGUUUCAUCUCGCCGGAUAGCAACAAUGGCAGGUGUUUUAAUAACAUAUUACGACGUUUCCACGAUUUCGCAUGGGACUGGAAUGGUACUAUUAAUUACGUUCGUACAGCCAGAAGGAUGCUGCAGUGUGAUCGAUUCUCUGACGAGGAGAAAUUCAGGAUCGCUUGUUUGUAUUAUUUCGAAGAAGAUAUCAAACGGAUUUGGCCUUCUGUCAGUACGAAGAUGCUUUCGAAUGAAAUCUCUGUUCGUGUAUGUCCACAAUUGUUCUACUGGUCAAACAAACUACGCAGUAAUUCAUCUAUUGAUGGAAUAUUCAAUUACGACUCAUUGGAUAACCAGUCAUCUCUGGAGUAUUUUUGGAAUCGGUUACCUUCAGAAAAGCGGUCGCGAACGGCUGUCGUUAUGUACGAGAAACGCGUCGAAUUAUUCGCUAGGUUCGUUUUACUACAAGUGAGCGAACACCAACUAGAAGAGUUUCUCGCUGAACGUGCUUCUGGUUUGAUAUUCAGACUUUUAACGUGUGAUUUAGGACGAUGCAGCGUUCUUCCUACUUGGACGUAUAUUAGAAACAAGAUCAGCGGAGAUCAAUUCCACAAACUAAUUAUAAAGCUGCUGUAUAAAGAGGUUAAGGAUGACCUCGUCGAAGAGUCGUUGAAACUUUGUCGUGAGAUAUGGUACGGUGCUCCUCGACAUAUGAAACAACUAGUAUUUGACGAUUUGUUGCUGAAAGUGCCACCGUUUCUCAGAUUGAGUUUGCAAAUCGAGCGAUCGACACCGAAACGAAUGAAAUUUCUGAUCACGGUAAUACACGAUGCUACUUUCGAAGAAAGAAACGCAUUUUGGCACAAGCAUUGGCGUGCUUUGAUCCGUGUCCCUGUAAUCGAAGAUUUACGCGAAAUGAUGAAGUUGUGCUUUCGUAACGAACGCGAAAUACGUUUAUUUAAAAACGACACGAUGUGCAAGUACGAAAAUAUCGAUUAUUAUCUCUUCACGUCGUCCCUGAAAAAAGGUCGUAUCGAUAAAUUGAACGAGUAUUUGGAUUUUUGCUGCCCCAACGAGCAACGAAGAAGGCGGCUGAAACAGCGAUUAUUACGUGCAAGUCUUACUUCGACCGCCAGCUUUCAGAUUCUGUUCUGUUAUGAAUUCAAACAGCUGAACGAGUUCAUCAAUGACGCUUUUGAAAGGAACGAUGUUCGCGUUGAAUUUAAAAAUCAAUUCGUUUCAGCUUUGACUACCGAACGGCUUUUAUUCGAUUUUAUUCGUCGAGGUGAUUUCGCUCUUCUCAUGGAAUUCGUUGAUAGUUUUGUUUCGGAGAAACCGGUCAUCGAGCCGUUGAAAAGCCGUAUAUUUGAUUUUUUCAGAGAGCAGCUGACGAAUGAUGCGUUUUGUUCUGUUCAGCUCUAUAAUAUCGAUAAUUUACGAAGAUUUUUGAUCUGGUUGUUGGGUAACGAAGACGAAGUUACCAUGUUUUUCUUAACCUCGUGCAGUUGAAGCUGAAAAAGAAACGUUAUCUAGAGGGGAUGGCGAAAAACCUAAUAAUUUUCCCGAGAAGCUCUAUUAUUUUCUGAUGUGGUAUUUUAACCGAAAAUUAAAGAUGAAGGAAUCGUCAGUUUUAAAUGACGAUUUUCCGAUGAAUUAAAGUUGUUCGUUCUUCGUUCGUAAAAUUGUGUGAUUCUUGAAAUUGAAACCGGUGUAUACAUGUAGGUAUUUUUAUUUUUUUUUUUGUAGGUAGAGGUACCUACCUAAUUCUCGUUCAAUUUACUUAUGUUUUUGUUAAUUCCAUACAAUAAGAUCUUUUUUGAAAUAGGA